GAGAGCUACGUGGAGGACAGACACGCUGCUGGUGUCGGCGGUGGAGGGAGUGGGCCGGGCUGCAGUAGAAAAACAGCCACUUCUGCUCUGGAGCUCUCAUAACAGAGCUGCCCAGGGAAACCAGCUGUACAUCCACCAGGAAUCCUGCUCUUUUUUUCCCCUAUCACAAUCCUCGCACAAGAUAAAUAUGGAGGACUUCUAUUACCACGAAGACGACGAAUCCAGCAUGAAUGAAAGUUACGAUUACAAUUACGAACACAGUGUCUGUGACAAAGAAGAAGUGCGUUCUUUUGGGGGAAUCUUCCUGCCAAUCAUCUAUGCCUUGGCUCUGGUGGUAGGCCUGGCGGGGAAUGCCCUGGUGGUGGCGGUUUACACAUCGCGGCUGAGACUGAGAACCCUGACGGAUGUGUGCAUUCUCAACCUGGCCAUUUCGGACUUGCUGCUCCUCUUCACGCUGCCGUUUUGGGCGGCCGAUGCCGUCCAUGGCUGGAUGCUGGGGGUCGCCGCCUGCAAGCUCACCUCGUUUCUCUACAGCACCAACUUCAGCUGUGGCAUGCUGCUGCUGGCGUGCAUCAGCGUGGACCGCUACCGGGCCGUAGCCCAAAGUCCAAGAGGCAGAACUGGAACAGGGCCACAUGUGAAGAGGCAGCGGCUCCUGGUGUGUUUUGUGUUGUGGGCUCUAGCCAGCUUUCUCGGCCUUCCUGAACUGAUCUUCUCCACGGUGAAGAGAUCUCACCACAGGACUGGCUGCACGCCCGUCUACCCACCCAGUAUGGCCCGUCCUGCAAAGGCUGCCCUGGAGCUGCUGGAAGUGAUCCUGAGAUUCCUGCUGCCGUUCAUGGUCAUGGUGGUGUGCUACUGUUUGGUGGGAAGGGCGCUGAGCCAGGCCGCCGAGGUGCGGAGAGAACGAAAGUGGCGUGCUCUGCGGGUCCUCCUGGCCGUGGUGGCAGUUUUCCUGCUCACCCAGCUGCCCUACAGCGUGGUCAAGCUGUGCCGAGCCAUGGACAUCAUUUACAUCCUCGUGACCGACUGUGAGGUCAGCAAGGGCCUGGAUCGCGCUCUCCAAAUAACGGAGAGCCUGGCGCUCAGCCACGCCUGCAUCAACCCUCUCCUAUACGCCUUCAUGGGAUCCUCCUUCAGAGGUCACGUCUUAAAGACUGCCAAACGCCUGGGACAGCGGCUCGGGAGACACUCCAGACAAGUCGACGAACAACCAGCGGUGGAGAUCGCACUGCACACGCAAAGUCAGAACCAGUCCCUGUCUGGUUCAGAAGACCAAGACACCAGCACUUUCACCAUCUAAUGUCCCACUAUAUCUCAUAUUUUACUGCACAACAUAAGUGAUGUAGAAAAAGAGAAGCCAUUUAUGAGGUUCUGGCACAUAUUCUACAACAGUUCCCAUGGCGAUUCUCUAUGCACUCAACACGGUUGCCAGAUCUUUACAUUCAGAACCUCAACUGAGAUGGUACUUGAAAAUAGAUCCGAACCACAAUGGAAAACCUAAAAACAUUGCAAUGUAUCCUACUGUGUAAUACAACUGGAGAAGAAAAAAGAACCACUAUAAAACUGAAACAUGUAUCUAUUGUACACACACAUAUAUGCAUUUGCAUGUCUAUAAAGUUGUAAAUGUGCAUUUACAAUCACACAAGAUUGAUAUCAAUAGCUAUAUUAUCAUUUCUUUAGAAUAAAAACUAUGGUUACAGUGACUCUUAAUGCACUAAGCUUAAUGUUUUAUAUAAAUUAUGUAUUUUCUUAAAUAAAUAAAGCCUUUG